GUCUUGUGUUGUCGCUAGCCCAGUGACUCAUCUUCGACACAGAGGUUUUAUCUUCUUCUCUCUUCUUCCGAUGUGAUAAAGAAAAUAAAAUAUCCAAAUCAAGAAGACAAGAAGAAACUUCAAGAAACAACAUUAUUGCAAUCAUAUGGUGCAUCUAUCUGUUCUAGCAAUCUUGUCGUCUUCCUCAGUGACAUGUUCCAUGUGAAGAAGCUCCAGAUGUACUUAUGUCGUAUGAUUUAACCCUUCCUAAACAUCUUCUUGAAUCUUGAUUGUGGUCUAUUCAAAUUUGUUCUUGAUUCAAAAUCGUCACUACUGUAUCUCAACAUUUUCUUGGGUUUUAGUUUAAUCCCAAGUUUGGUCAUCUUCUUCUGUUUUUUUUUUCAAUCGUUGACUUCAGAGUGAGAUCAAGAUGACAGGUUUCUCCAGUGAAUUAUCAUCUGGGGGAAAUGUUGAUACUAGGGCUAUGGAUAUUCUCAGUGGUAUUGUGCCUUUGAUGAAGCUUAUCUGUUUAACCGUAAUAGGUCUGCUUCUUGCGCAUCCCAAGACUCAAUUAGUCCCUAGAGCCACGUUUAGGCUAUUGAGCAAGCUUGUGUUUGCUUUGUUCUUGCCUUGUUUGAUCUUUACUGAGCUUGGUGAAAGCAUUACCUUAGAUAACAUUGUUCGUUGGUGGUUUAUACCGGUCAAUGUGUUACUCAGUGCGGUCAUAGGGUCUUUCAUAGGAUACUUGGUUGUCCUUAUAUGUCGGCCUCCUCCAGAGUUUACUAGGUUUACUAUAGUUAUGACUGCUUUUGGAAAUACUGGGAAUCUUUUGUUGGCUAUUGUUAGCUCGGUGUGUCACACAAAGAGCAACCCUUUUGGACCGAGUUGCCACUCGAGAGGGGUUUCAUAUGUAUCGUUUGCGCAAUGGGUUGCUGUGAUACUUGUGUAUACUGUUGUGUAUCACAUGAUGGAACCGCCUUUGGAGUAUUAUGAGGUUGUUGAUGAAGAAGGGGUUGAAAUAGAGGAGAUCAAUGUCGAGAAUCAUGAUGUUAGUAGGCCUCUUCUAGUGGAAGCUGAAUGGCCAGGGAUUGAGGAAAACGAGACAGAACACUGUAAGACCCCUUUCAUUGCCAGGGUGUACAACAGCAUAUCUAGUGUCUCCCAGGCUUCUUUGCCUGAAAUUCAUCUCGGGGGAGAAACGGGUGGCGAGAGUCCCAGCCCGAGGUCUCUUCAGUGUUUGGCUGAGCCGAGAGUAAUGAGGAGAAUAAGAGUCGUGGCUGAACAGACUCCAGUCAAACACAUACUCCAACCUCCAACAAUCGCAUCCCUAUUAGCGAUCAUCAUCGGAUCAGUGCCUCAGCUGAAGAGUGUUGUCUUUGGUUACGAUGCUCCACUUUCUUUCAUCACAGAUAGUUUGAAUAUAAUGGCGAGCGCGAUGGUUCCAUCUGUGAUGCUUGUCCUUGGUGGUAUGCUCUCUGAAGGACCGAAAGAAUCAACUCUUGGGUUACGUACUACGAUAGGGAUAACUGUUGCAAGACUCCUGGUGCUUCCUAUAGUGGGAAUAGGGGUUGUAAUGUCAGCUGAUAAACUCGGUCUCAUAUCCUCAGCAGAUCCGAUGUUCAAGUUUGUGCUUCUUUUGCAGUAUUCGACUCCGAGUGCCAUUUUACUUGGAGCCAUCGCGAGUCUAAGGGGUUACGCGGUGAGAGAGGCCUCGGCGCUUCUAUUUUGGCAGCACAUCUUUGCUCUGUUGUCUCUUACGUUCUAUAUUGUCAUCUUCUUCAAACUCACCGUUGAUAACACUAUCCAAGGUAUGCCAUAACCAAAGUAGAAAAAAACAGAAUAAUUCAACCCUGUUUGUAAGAAUGUAAUGUUAUCAAAUACAUUGUGUGUUGGUGAAUAAUAAACUCGUUUUGAUGAUU